AUGGCUUCCCAAGACCCCUUUGUGAGACGUGUACCGGACUACGAUGCCACAAGAACUAUCAGCAACUCUGGUUCGACGAGCCCCAAGAAUAAGGAUGGCGAUGCAGGGAGCCCCAAGUUCGCUUUGAGUCGACGAGGGCAGCUGGCGUUUUUCACGCUCGCUGUUCUCACUCUCAUGGCUGCGUUGGAUGGCACGUCUCUCUCAGUUGCUCUUCCAAUCAUCGCCGACACACUUCAUGGAACAGCGAUUGAAGCCUUUUGGGCUGGAACCUCGUUCCUACUCUCGUCGACAGUCUUUCAGCCAAGUUUUGCUUCACUGUCGAAUAUCUUCGGUCGUCGUCCCCUUGUUCUUAUUGCCCUUUUGUUCUUCUGUGUGGGUGCGAUUAUUGCCGCUAUAGGCAAUAAUUUCACAUACAUGCUCGUCGGCCGGACAAUCCAAGGCAUUGGCGGAGGCGGUAUUAUCGCCCUGAGCGAGAUCAUUGUGACUGAUUUGGUCCCUUUGCGGGACCGAGGUCGAUACUUUGGCAUCAUCAGUGCCAUGUGGAGCAUUGGCUCGGUGACAGGGCCAAUUUUGGGUGGUGGAUUUGCAGAGAAAGUGUCUUGGCGCUGGAUCUUCUAUAUCAAUCUACCCUUUGUGGGUGUUGGAGCCGUGUUCGUGAUAUACUUCUUGAAUCUAAAGAUCUUGCCAUCUUCGUUGGCCGAAAAGCUUCGUCGUAUCGAUUAUAUCGGCACAUUCAUCUUUGUCGGCAGCAUCUCCUCCUUUCUCAUCCCGUUGACAUGGGGGGGUGUAUCAUACCCUUGGUCUUCGUGGCAUACCCUGGUCCCACUGUGUAUCGGGGCUGCUGGUCUACUCGUCUUCGCCUUUUACGAAGCCCGCUUCGCCAGGGAUCCAAUCAUUCCGCCUAUGAUCUUUCAGAAUCGCACCGCGACAGUCUCCUUCAUAGGGAGUAUCCUGCAAGGUCUCAUUCUAUGGUGCACUCUAUACUACCUGCCACUGUACUAUGAGGCAGUAAAGGAGUACAGUCCCAUCCUCUCAGGCGUCGCUCUCUUCCCAGAGACUUUCACUGUGGCUCCCAGUGCAGUUGUCGCAGGCAUCUUGAUUACCCACACAGGGAAUUAUCGAUCGGUGAUUUGGGCUGGGUGGUUGAUCUCCACGAUUGGACUGGGACUAAUGUGCAUCAUCAAGCCCUCAACCAGUAUUGCGGGCUGGAUCCUACUCAACGUCGUCCCGGGAAUCGGUCUCGGUCUCCUCUUCCCCUCGCUCGGCUACGCUGUCCAAGCCUCAGCGGCCCCCGAGAAUCUCGCCAUCGCCGUCGCUAUGUUCAGCUUCUUCCGUGCCAUGGGUCAAGCGAUUGGUGUCGCUGUGGGAGGAGUCGUUUUCCAAAACCGCAUGCGGCAAAAUCUGCUGGGAUACGCCAAUCUGGCGCCCAUGGCCGAUCAGUAUAGUCAGGAUGCGGCCGGCUUGGUUCAAGUCAUCAAGGCGAUGGCCGAGGGACCAGACAAGUCCAAUCUGAAAGAGGCUUACACCGACAGCCUGCGCAUUGUCUGGGCCGUGUGUUGCGCGGUGUCCUUUGUUGCUCUGGUGCUGAGUCUCUUCACCAAGUCUUACGAUCUUGACCAGGUGCUCGAUUCGGCUCAGGGUCUACGAGAAGGAGAGACUCAGCUGCCACGAGAGAAAGAUAUUGAGAUUUCUUUGGAUGAGACCAACCAGCGCACGCCCUGGGCGUAUUGA